AUGAUUUGCAUUACCUUCAAUACCUAUGAUAGAAAAAAUGAUGGAAUUGGGAGCAGAAAUCCAACUUUUAAAUUUUUCCAAAGUAUUCAGGUCGUACUCAAAAAGAGAAGAUUUAUUAAAAUUUUUAAUAUCCAAAGGGAUCGACAUUGAUGAAAAAGACAGCUCAGGCCACUCAGCUCUAUCUCAUGCUAUCAAAGAUAA